AUGGCAUUUUCUAACCAAACCCCAACUAUCGUCGUGCUUAAGGAAGGCACCGACGCCUCGCAAGGUAAGGGCCAGAUCUUGAACAACAUCAAUGCAUGUCUCGCCAUUCAGGAAACCUUAAAGCCUACUUUGGGACCUUUUGGAUCAGACAUCUUGAUCAAGUCAUCCAAUGGCAAAACCACCAUUUCAAACGAUGGUGCCACCAUCUUGAAGUUGUUGGACAUUGUUCACCCGGCUGCUAAGAUGUUGGUGGAUAUUUCCAGGGCACAAGAUGCCGAGGUGGGAGACGGAACCACGUCGGUAACCAUUUUGGCUGGUGAGUUCUUGAAAGAGAGCAAAACCUUUAUUGAAGACGGAAUUUCGUCUCAUUUGAUCAUCAAGGGCUUGCGCAGAGCAUGCGACUUGGCUGUGGCAAAAAUUAAAGAGAUUCAGGUCGACAUAAAGAGAGAAGAAUCUAAGGAAUUUAGAGAGCUUUUGGAGCGUUGUGCCACCACGGCAAUGUCUUCUAAGUUGAUUAGCAAAAACUCCGAAUUCUUCACCAAGAUGGUCGUGGACGCCGUCUUGUCAUUAGACGAUGAUUUGGACGAGAACAUGAUUGGAAUUAAGAAGGUUGCAGGUGGAGCGAUGGAGGACUCUCUCUUCGUGGACGGUGUGGCAUUCAAGAAGACCUUCAGUUAUGCCGGAUUUGAGCAGCAGCCCAAAACGUUCACUGACCCUAAAAUUUUAUGUUUGAACGUCGAGUUGGAGCUCAAGGCUGAAAAGGAUAACGCCGAAGUUCGUGUGGAGCAGGUCAAGGACUACCAGGACAUCGUGGACGCCGAGUGGCAGAUUAUUUUCAAUAAGUUGGAGGCCAUCAAGGACUCGGGUGCCAACAUUGUGUUGUCCAAGUUGCCUAUUGGUGAUUUGGCCACCCAGUACUUUGCUGACAGAAAUAUCUUCUGUGCUGGUAGAGUAGCUUCUGAAGAUAUGGAGAGAGUGAUCAAGGCCGUUGGUGGAACUGUUCAAUCUACAGUUACCAAUGUCCAACCGAACGCAUUGGGUACGUGUGCCAAGUUUGAAGAGGUUCAGAUUGGUGGAGACCGUUACAACUUGUUCAAAGGAUGUCCAGAAACCAAGACAUGCACAUUGGUUUUGCGUGGAGGUGCUGAGCAGGUGAUUGCUGAAGUGGAGAGAUCGCUUCACGAUGCCAUCAUGAUUGUCAAGCGUGCAGUCAAACACAGCUCUGUUGUUGCAGGAGGAGGUGCCAUUGAGAUGGAGUUGUCUAAGCAUUUGAGAGAAUUCUCCAAGACUGUGGCCGGAAAGCAGCAACUCAUCAUCGGAGCUUUUGCACGUGCAUUGGAGGUGAUUCCUCGCCAAUUGUGUGAAAAUGCUGGAUUGGAUACCAUUGAGCUUUUGAAUGUAUUGAGAAGCUCUCAUGCCAGAGGCGAGACAUGGUUUGGUAUUGAUUUCCACAAAGAGUCUGUGUCUAACAAUAUGGAGUCGUUCAUUUGGGAGCCAUCUCUUGUGAAGAUCAAUGCCCUUCAGUCAGCCACCGAGGCUGCAACGCUAUUACUUUCUGUUGAUGAGACCAUCAAGAACCAGGAUGAUCAAGCCAACGGAGGCCGUGGCCGCGGCGCAUACUGA